CUGAUAAUGAGGCUGCGACAGUGGCAGUGGACUCUUUAUUAAAUUUUGAAGCUGUUAAAUACUUUAAUAAUGAAAGAUUUGAAACUGAACAAUAUGAUAAGGCCUUAACUAAAUAUGAAAAAGCCUCUCUCAAAAUAGCAACUUCUUUGGCCCUUUUGAAUUCUGGUCAAAAUUUCAUUUUUAGUACUGCCUUAACAGCUAUGAUGGCUUUGGCUGCUCAAGGGAUUGUUCAAGGAACACUAACUGUUGGUGAUCUGGUGAUGAUUAAUCAACUUGUAUUUCAACUAUCAUUGCCUUUGAACUUCCUUGGUUCAGUUUACAGGGAAUUACGACAAAGCUUGAUUGAUAUGGACGUUAUGUUUAAUUUAAAAUCCAUGAACAUCACUAUCAAGGACACGCCUGACGUGAAACCGCUCAUUGUCCAAGGAGGUGAAAUCAGAUUUGAAAAUGUAAUUUUUGGAUAUCAUCCUGAACGUCCUAUUUUGAAUGGUGUUAGUUUUAUUGUUCCAAGAGGAAAAAAGGACACCGCUCUUUUUAACAACUCCAUUUAUCAUAAUAUAUUAUAUGGAAAAAUUGAUGCCGCUUCCAGUGAUGUAGAAAAUGCUGCAAAAAGGGCUCAAAUUCACGAUGUAAUCCAAUCAUUACCCGAUAAAUAUAAUACUCGUGUCGGUGAACGUGGUUUCAUGCUUUCAGGAGGUGAAAAACAACGCGUAGCCUUAGCAAGAACAAUUUUAAAAGACCCCCCAAUACUCUUUUUUGAUGAAGCAACUUCGGC